AUAAACUUAUUUUUAUUUAUAUGUAGAACUAUAGAUUUGAGAGCCCUGACAUUGAAGAUUUUUUUAAAACAUGAGCAGUCAUAUGAGCAAUAUUUUGCUUUGAAACACAAGUAAUGAUAUGGGAGGAAUCCUAUAAAGGCAAAGAGUUAAAGACCCAUGAAGAGAAAAGCAGUGAUGAAAAUUAAGUGAAAGUAACAAAAAAUUGUACAGUAGAAUUUUAAUUUACAAAAUUAUGAGUUAAUAGACAUGCAAGCAUUGUUGCUGAAAGAAUUAAAUUUGUUUUUCAAGAUUCUUUCACUUCAGACUAGUGGCUUUGAUGUAACAUCAGCUCUUCCAACUAUUGUUAAACUUUUGGCUCUAAGUGAUGUUUUCAUCAAACGUGUAGCUGGAGAGAUCAUUACAAUACUUGCUCAGAAUAACCCAGAGAUGGUCUUGUUGGCCACAAACACUUUGGUGCAAGACUGCAAAGAUGUGAACCCUGUCGUACGGAGUCUUGGUUUGAGAUUACUUGGGUCUUUACAAUCCAACUUGGUUGUAGAGAUGCUGAAUGCAGCUGUCAUUCAAGGUCUUGAUGACAACAGUCAGCAUGUGCGAAGAUGCGCAGCCCUAGCUUCUGCACAUUUACACAGAGUUUCUCCUACUAUGGUAACAGAAGGUGGUAUUUGGGACUCUUUAUAUGGGCAUUUAAAUGACUCAGAUUCAUCUACAGUUGCUAGUUGUCUGUGUGCCCUAGAAGAGAUAUUCACAGGUGAAAAGGGUAUUGUAAUUUCAAAUAAACUUGGUCUAUAUCUGAUCAAUAGUUUUUUCUCCCAUACACCCACAGUUCAAAGAUUUAUUUUACAGUUUCUUUUAAAACAUUCACCAAGAACAAAAUCUCUAGUGUUUGACCAGUUAAACUUGCUUGAUGAUUGCCUAUCAAAGAGCCAUUCACUGACAAACGCUUUGUGUACAAUGGAAUUAUUUAGUCAUGUGACUUCUGAUUUACCCAAAGUUUUGACUAAGGUUUAUAUCACAAGCUGGGAGUGUAUAAAAAUGCAUCUGGCCCGUGAACGUGACGAGGAAAUGGUUGCGGCUGUCAUUGAUUAUUUAAGUAGGACUAACUUUCCCAGUAGUGUUCUGGAGCAGGAUUACAGCAAGUUUUGUUGCCGCGAGGAUGAUGCUCAGUUUCUGAUGAAACAGAAGAUAAAAAUCUUGUGCAAAUUAAUCACAGUGGAUAAUGCUGAUAGCAUCCUUAAUGAGUUUGUGUUGAUUGCUAGGCGGCUUGACCUUGAAACAGUUAAAGAAAUGGUAUGGAGUGUUGCUGCAGCAAGUUCCUUGAAACCAGAAAUCAACUCACUCUGUGUUGAUUUUGUGAAGAAACUUUUUCAAAUUGGAGUUGUUGGCAUAACAGAGUGUGUUUUAGAGGUUUUGUCAUCUGUGACAUUUUCUGAUGAGAGUCACUGGCCACAACUUGCUGAAGUAAUUCAAAACAACUUCUCUGAGAUUGAGUCAACCAAUGGACAGUUAUCUCUCUUGCAACUCAUCAAAUCCUAUGGUGAAUACAUGGACAACGCCCCAAAGAUAUUGGAACACAUCUUAGACCAGCUGAAUGAAGAGAAAUCUGAAUCACCCAAACCAAACAAAGUGCUGAAAAUCUGUUUAUUAGAGGCCAUGGUGAAGGUUUGUUUGUAUAAUCCAGCAAAAAUUCAGCCAUUGUUGGGGAAUUUAAUGGAAGAGUGUAUAAGUGAUGAGAGCAGGAAUGUGAGAGAUCAGGCAAUGUUUUUGUAUGGGUAUUUGCUUAGUAAAGCUAGAGUCAAAAACAGUACCUUAAUCUGCUAGCUUAUUUUAAUACUGUUAUGUUUUUAAAUUGUUGUGUAUAAAGUGUAAGGGUUAGUUUUUGGUAAAAUUUUAAAAACUUAAAGCACUACUGUAGUUGACAUAUUUUGGUGUUUUGUAAAUUUGAUAUGCUCAUAUGCUUAAAGAAUAACUAAAUAGCUUGGGAUACUUUCUGUGUUGAAAUCU